AUGCAGGGGUCUAACAGCUUGUACGUGGAAGAGAUGUACGAGGCGUGGAAGGUGGACCCCGGCAGCGUGCACAAGAGCUGGGACGUCUACUUCCGCCACUCGGACGCCGGCAAGGACGCCACGGCGGCGUUUACGGCCCCGCCCCGCGUGCUCGAGGUGCCGUCGAUGGCGGCGUCGCUGCCUGCCGUGGCGGCAGCCCCGUCCGUGGGAGAACAGUCGGACUCGCUUAGCGUCUCCUACCUCAUCCGCGCCUACCAGGUCCAGGGGCACGAGGCUGCGAACCUCGACCCGCUGGGGCUGGACGCGUGGAGGCCAGCGAUCCCUCCCCCCGAGCUAGACCCCAAGUUCCACGGCUUCGAAGAGAGGGACAUGGACCGUAAGCUGCACCUGAACAGCACGGCGUCCGGCGGCAACACCGGGUACCUCGAAGAAUUGGGCCGACAACCCACGAUCACUCUUCGGCAGCUGCUGAACACGCUCAAGCGAACGUACUGCGGCACGAUGGGCGUGGAGUACAUGCACAUGAACAGCAGGGAGAAGUGCAACUGGAUCCGGAGGAAGGUGGAGAACCCGGCGUGGCUCAAGUACAGCAAGGAGAAGAAGCUGCACAUCUUCGAGCGGCUCUCGUUCGCGGACACGUUCGAGAAGUUCCUCCAGAACAAGUACAACACCGUCAAGCGCUUCGGGCUCAACGGCGGCGAGGCCGUGAUUCCCGGGCUGAAGGCCAUGGUGGACAUCGGUUCGGAGCUCGGAAUCGAGAACUACAUCUUCGGAAUGGCACACAGGGGGAGGCUGAACGUUCUGGCGAACGUUCUCCGCAAACCGAUGCCCCAGAUCUUCAAGGAGUUCCAGGGCACUCACUACGAGUUCGAUGAGGAUGGCGACGAGGACUGGUCCAGCUCCGGAGACGUGAAGUACCACCUCGGGACCUCCAUGGACCGCACCUACCCGGACGGGCGAAGGGUGCACCUUUCUCUGGUGGCUAACCCUAGCCAUCUCGAGGCCGUCAACCCGGUCGUGAACGGAAAGACCCGCGCCACGCAGUUCUACCAUGGGGAUACCAAGGAAUCGAAGCAACGUUCGAUGUCGGUGCUAAUCCACGGGGACGCGGCGUUUGCCGGCCAGGGUGUGGUGUAUGAAACGAUGCAGUUGUCGCGCGUCAAUGACUUUGCCGUGGGAGGGACCAUCCACGUCAUCGUCAACAAUCAGGUUGGUUUCACCACGGACCCCAGGAACAGCCGGUCUACGGAGUACUGCUCGGACCUCGGCAAGACCUUCGAGAUCCCUAUCUUCCACUGCAACGGGGACGACCCCAUGUCGGUAUGCACGGCUUUCGAGCUGGCGGUCGAGUGGAGACAGCAGUACGGCGAGGACUGCAUCAUCGACAUGAUCUGCUACCGACGCAUGGGACACAACGAGAUCGACCAGCCCCUCUUCACGCAGCCCGUGCUCUACAAGCAGAUUUCCCAACACCCGGACACUGCCGCGAUCUUCGAGUCUAAGCUGCUGAGGGAGGGCGUCGCCACCCAGGACGAGCUCGACGAGAUCAAGAACUCGGUUGUAGAGUCCUAUGAGAAGGAUUUCGAGGAGUCCAAGUCGUGGGAACCGGCGGGAGACGAGUGGCUAUCCUCCAAGUGGUCCGGCUUCAAGUCCCCCCGACAGCUGUCGCGCGUCCGCUCAACCGGGGUCGACAUGAACGUGCUCCGGUCCGUCGGGUCGAAGAUGACGACUCCCCCCUCGGGCUUCGCCCUCCACCCGAUGCUGGACAAGAUUUACAAGGCUCGCCACAAGUCUAUCGUGGACGGCGAGGGUGUCGACUGGGGAACGGCGGAGGCGCUUGCGUUCGGAACUUUGCUGCUCGAAGGCAACCACGUAAGGCUCACGGGGCAAGACGUGGAGCGAGGCACCUUUAGCCACCGCCACGCUGUGCUCCACGAUCAGGCGACCAACGAGACGCACACGCCGCUCAACCACCUGGCGAAGAGCUGCAUCCCCUCCCUCCCCAUAUCGGUCAUCAGCACGGCGCCAGACGCGCAGGCGAAGUUUACGGUUCGGAACUCUAUCUUGUCCGAGUUCGGCGUGCUAGGCUUCGAGAUGGGCUACUCUCUGGAGAACCCUAACGCCCUCUGCCUCUGGGAGGCUCAGUUCGGGGACUUCGCGAACGGCGCACAGGUGAUGUUCGACCAGUUCAUCUCGUCGGGCGAGGACAAGUGGCUGCGGCAGAGCGGCCUGACGGUACUGCUCCCCCACGGGUACGACGGCCAGGGGGCGGAGCACUCCAGCUGCAGGAUGGAGAGGUUCCUCCAGAUGAGCGACUGCGACCCCGAGCACGUCCCCGGGAUGAAGCACGAGACCAGGAUGCAGAUCCAGCAGUGCAACUGGCAGGUCCUUAACUGCACCACGGCGGCCAACUACUACCAUGCGCUACGCCGACAGGUGCACCGUGAGUUCCGCAAGCCCCUGAUCGUGGUUUCGCCCAAGAAGCUGCUGCGGCUCAAGGCCGCUUGCUCGGACCUUAGCGCGAUGGGACAGGACACGAUGUUCAUGAGAGUUAUCCCGGAGCGGUCAGUUCUACUACGACCUCGUGGCGGAGAGGGCUAA